AUGGAUAAGAUCAAGAACAUCCUUUCUCCUGGUCACGCUAAAGACGACGAAGUCCUCUAUGGAAGUGGAAGAAUAGACGAUCCUGUCCUCGCCAACAAGAACAAGGUUGCUGGAGAAGGCUCUCAUUUCCCCGACCAAGCACCGAGCGAAGACCUCCUAGGGAGAGCGUCGAAGCCGUCCACCGUUGAGCAAACCACCGGCCUGCGAGAGCCACCCCCCUCCCGCAUGCCUGGUGCCUUUGAUGACGACGACACUGCCACAACCACCUCCGUGAAGUCUGGAAUACCUGGUACCACACCACAUGAGAACAGAAAGCAUGUGCUUGAAGACGUAGAGAGCCAGAAGGGAAACGAGUCAACUACUUCGGAUCCGUUUGUGGGGGCUGGUGCUACGAGUGGUCACAUCUCAAAACCUAAGGAGACCUAUGAACCAGAAGCCCAUUCUGGAGGGAACAAGUAUGCUGAUGCCACAGCCGGUCCUCAUGCUCCCACGUCUACAAAGUCCAGAGAGCCUGAAACCUACCCAGGGACAAGCACUUCUACCGGUGCAACACCCGGCUCGUACAUAUCUGCUCCAUUGAAAACAAAUGAGCCAGAUGUUCAUCCGGGAAGAGACAAGUCUGUAGACUUAGGUAUAAGCCCCGUUCCUGCGACUGCGGGAGAAACGAAGGCGCAGUCUUCUUCGACGAUGGCGCCAACGUCUCUAAGCGGUGCAACUGAUCAUCCAUCGGCGGGUUCUGAACCCCCAAUCACAAGUAAUACCCGGGAUGCCUCGUCCUUAGGCAUUGCACCCGUAGGUGGAGGUGGACAUCCAGCUAGCAAUAUCACAGAUAGCACCGGCGGCCGAUCGUUUCCUUUGGGCGGUCAUUCAGCGCCGUCUUCACAAUACACAGCGCCUGGCCAGGUUGGAACUUACCCCGCUGGGGGUAUUGCGCCAUUACAUGACUCGCAUACCACGAGCAGUGCAAAGGGCAAUCCGCUAGCUCACACCACUGGCGGAUCUUCGAGCAUCACGCCGGAAGACUCGAAUACUGGAGCGCUCGGUGUAGGAGCCAGUAGCCUUGGAAGUUCUGGUCCUGAAACACAGUCCAUCGAUCCUUCUGAUCAUCACCGGAACACUUAUCUUGGGGCACGCACGGAAGCAGUCCUUCAUUCGGACGAGCCCCACGACUCUGCGAAUUGUGCCACUGGCACAGGCACUAGCCUUCCGUAUCCUGGUUCAAUGAAAGGUACUUCCGCUAGCAGCCCGCUUGGAUCUUCUUCUAACAAGACCGACGCUGUCGGUACGCCAAGUCAUCAUUCUGGGCAAGACGCCUUUCUCGCUGGAGGUCUAGGUGCUACUGCAGGGGCAACGUAUGGAACAGCCCGUGAUCCAAGCUCGUCAAGUACAGGGCCGGCACCCACAACGGCAGGCCCUCACAAAUCCGACGCAUUGAACAAAGUAGAUCCUCGUGUUGACAGCGACCUCAGCAAAGAAAGAGGCGAUGCGAACACCAUAAUAGGGUCUUCUCAAACGUCGUCAACAACACCCAUUAGUCAGCCUUACUCUACGACUUCGUCCCAGCCUCUGACAGGCGCAGGUCGGAAUGAGACGGAUCGGCAUGCCGGUCCUGUUGGCACUGCCAUUGGGGGAGGAGUCGUAGACCAUGAAAGAUCCAGACAGCACGAAGCAACACCUUCUUCAACUACCGCAGCGCCUGAGUCAACUGGGAAAUCGACGUCGAAUUUUGGCCUCGCAAGCACAACUAGUGCAGGAUCCAGCUCGACAGCGGGGCCACAUUCAGCGGACCUUGCGAACAAAGCGGAUCCUAGAGUGGAUUCUGACCUAGACGGUAGAUCGGGCCUAGGCGAUGGUGUAGCAGGGUCCGGCUAUGGAUCGAAAUCAGCGGGCUAUCAGCACCCAGCUCGAGAUGCCGGGCUCGUUGGCGCUGCUGGCGCUGGAGCUUAUGGAGCUGAGAGGGGUCAUGAUUCUCAUGCAGCGACGGACCCUGACCGCCCUUUGGACUCCAAUCAAAAGUCCACCACUCCUCCAUCGGCAGGCCAAGGUGGUGUUGCAAGUUCAAUGAAACAACCCACUUCAACCAAUACCUCAUCGAAUGCAUAUCAAGGUCUCCCCGAAGAUCACUCGCACCGUGAUACUGCAAUCGGCGCAGGAGCUGGAGCAGGCAUUGGUGCUGGAGCCGCAGGCUUGGCCGCCCACGAAUACAGUAAGCAUGAGCCAAUGGGCUCGGAAGCUAUCCAACAACCCGGAUCCGAUCUCGGAGCGAUUUCCUCUACCCCCACAGCAUCACCGCAUACGGCAACAACAGAUCCGCGAACAGCAGACACGAGCUAUGGGCAUACCGCUCGGGAUACUGGGGUAACAACCGUGGGAGGCGCUAGUACUACACAACCGACUCUCCACGACAAGAGUACCAAGGACCAGAGUAGUACCGUUGCUGCCACAAGUGCGACUGGUCUAGCUACACAUGAUUAUCAAAAGCGGGAUGCACUACCCUCAAACACGACCACUUCAGAAGCUCAACCUGUAAAGUCUGCAGAUGAGCACACUGGCCGAAAUGCUGCUCUUGGAGCUGGUGCCGGUGCUGGCGCCGCUGGUUUAGCAGCCUAUGAAUACAAUGAAAAAGAAGCAAAAGCUGCCGAAAAGGCACAUCAGCAGGAUGUUAAGCACGCCGAGAAGGAGCACCAGAAGGAAGUUAAGCAUGCUGAGAAGGAGCACCAGAAGGAAAUCAAACAAGCCGAAAAGGACGCCAAGAAGCACGAAAAUCAGGACAGUGGUGAGAAGAAACCCGGUCUGAUUGAUCGCAUCCUUCAUCGCCACCACGACGACAAGGAAGAGGCCCCGAAGAAGGAGAAAGCGCCCCUCAAUGACGUUGAUACUGGCAAAGGAGUCAUUCCCAGCAAUCCCAAGGAAAGAGAAAGGGAGGCUGCUGCCGAGGGACUUACGAGGCGUGAGGGUGAAACGGGAGACUCCUCGAGCCUUGGUAAUCAAUCCUAUCGAGGCCCGGGCGAGCCUCAUGAGGGGACUGCUAAGACCACGCAUGACGCCUAUGAUACGACUGAGGGUCAUAACAAGUUGCACAAGGAGCCUCCUACUAAGGUGCUGAAAGAGCAUGGUCUUCAGUAA